AGACAUUUUAGAGGAGUUCUUGUAGCAGAGUUGUCAAAAGCUAUUUCCAGCUCAUGAUCACCUAUUUUUUAACAGCAUUCAUCGAUCUCAAACACUACGAUGGCUGGCCUUCUAGGAACCGUCGAACAAGCGUGCUCGUCAUCCUUCUAUAGCAGCCCCUAUUGCGGGACGGCGAGGCUCGCGUCGUUGCGAGGUCGACUGGCGUCGAGAGGACUGCCGAGAGGACUUUGGCUAAAGCCACCUUGGAGUUGGAACGGUUCAAAAGCUAUGGUUGAAGUAGGUGGACGUUCUUCACGCAACCAUUUCGGUUCCUCUGCACAGUAUGGCAGAUAGCUUUUUCGUCGUCCUCGUCGUAAAAUAUGUAUAUACAAACUGGAGACUUAACCCCCGGGGAUCCUAAAUCUACUGGUGAGUUAUACUUUUUAGUGCUGUGGCAGCACGGUAGGCUGGCUCGGCAGACCCAGGUCUUUGCCGGCGCCGGUCGUUGCACCUACGGCCCAUAAAUUUGCCACGGAGCGUGGCGGGAGGCCUUUACCUCCCCAGAGAGAGUUGCACACCAACGUCCGGGUGUCGUAACCCCUCUCGCGGCUCGGCCGGUGUUCGUGCACCGUCGCCCUACGAGUCAAUCAACCGGCACCCGCGAGGUUUCGGGUGCUCGCUCUUCGCGUCGGACGCUUUGGUCCGGGGCGCUUUGGCCCGGGUGCGCGGCUAAUCCCUCGGCAGUAGCAGGCGUUGUCCCCCCGCUGGGGGACAAGGUCACUUUGAACCUCCAGCCCGCGCUGUCGGCCUACUACCGGGGCUUGAGCUCCCGCUCAACCUCUGGUCUCGGUUUGACACGUGCCAGCGGUGAAUGGACCGCUCCGAGCCCUUAUCCUUUCCUCACCGGCACCUUCCUCCGGAGACCCCGACCAGGCUCCGGCUUCCUGGUGCGGACUUGAGUCGGCGGUCUGAGACUCGCGUCCGCCGUCGAGGGGUUACGGGGACGUGUGCCGGCCUUUGCACAGGUUUGCGUCAGGACCUCCCGCCGGCCAGCGCCCGCGUCGGUGGUGUGCCGGGGCGGCUGCCGCCCUCCACCGCGCUUGUCGCUCCCGUGGGAGGGACGAACUCCCGGAGCGACAGCGACAGCAGGGGCCGGCAGGCGUUCACAUAGUUCAGCCAGCCAUAGUCGGGCACCAGUGGACUGCUGAACCGUCUGCAGCCGUGGGAUGGUGUUGAUGAACAGUUUGUGCUUGCCGUGUCUGGUCAUGUAGUCCGCCAGGUUCCAUUCGGAUUUUAUGUAGACGUACCACGGUUUGACAUUGUUGUCGUACCAGUGAUUGACUACGUCUACUGCGGUGUUUGCCACCACCGCGGAUUUGCCACUACAUUUGAUGAAGUUGUAGAGUACUGGCGUGUUGUCGAUCAGCACUACGAGGUCGGAGUUGCUGGUCCAACUCGGUAGUUGCUUUGCGGCGAGGCCCACCGCGGCCGCCUCCAGUACCUCUAUCCUGGCGGUGGCCCAUCGGCCAUCCGUUAAUGGCUGCAUUUGGAUGAGGGUCUUCCCGCUGUGGUGGAUCAUGACGUAUCCUAGCGUUGGCUCGCCGUUCGGCCCGCCAUCUGUUGACGCGUCCGUGAACAGGAAGCUCAGAGGCUUCACGAUUUGUUCUAGCCUGAGUCUGAGCCUGUUCACCUUGUGGACCAUCUUCUCGAUGGCCGCAGUGGAGCGCAGGAGGGCUCUCCGUUGCCACCGCUGCUUCACCAACUUGUCGAAGGUGGCGUCUUCUGUCCAUGCGUAAAGAGAUCUCAUGAUCUCGUUUCCGGCUCUGUUUGCCGCGGACACGGUGAUGAAGUUUGCCAGUCCGAGCAGUCGCUGGACCACCUUUUUGUCCAACUGUCCUGUGUUCACUUUCUGCCGGAGCUCGUUUGCGACUUCCGCGACCUGCUGGAGCAUGUUGUCUGGCACCACAACAUCAAUUCCCGUUUUUGGGCUUGUGUCGUAGUGGAGGCCCAGUAUGCGCACAAUAGGGCUCUUUCUCGAGUCCUGCUGUGCUGUCGCUUUUGUCGCGAGCUCCAGCCCCAGGCAGUCGCAGAGAGCUUCGUAUGCCUCUAUUGCCUCAUCCGCUCCCUCUUCGAGGCUGAGGAUGAUGGCGUCGUCGAUGUAGAUUGGCACUACUGUGUGCCCGAGCGUGGCCAUUAUUUUCAUGACCAGCUCCGCCACUCUACACCAGCUGCUGACGCUGAACUUGUUCCCCAUGUUCAGUAUCGCCGCGAGGAACAUGCGGUAGCGCCCCUGGGUGUCGUCCCAGACUCCAACCGGGUUUUCCUCCGGGUGUUUUACCCCUACCUGGUAGUAGGCCUUGCUCCAGUCUCGGAGUGCGAUGCAAGGCUUUCUACCUGCCGGGCGGGUCUUCAUCCUCUCCUCGUUGAGGAGCCUCACCUGCUCGCCGAGUUGGCGGUGCUCGUCGGUGGUUGUGGCUUCGCUUGCGCUUGUUUUUGCGCGGAAGUCUGCGACCUCUUUAGCCACCUGGCCGCAGAUAUCCGUGGUGAACUGUGUCACCGGUGCGUGGAGGGUGAGGCCCUCUGCGCCUGCAGGCGCCAUGUAGCUUUUUACAAUCUCCAGGACCGUUCGCGUCCCGUGGAGCCUCACCUUUUCCGACAUUUUUGAGAAGUCGUUUUUCCACCGCUCGUCGAUUAUCACGCGAACCUUCUCUGGUUCGACCUUUGGGAAGGCGUACGCCGGCAUGACCUUGAGGUCCUCUGGAUUGAUCUCUUUGUAUCUGCCCAGCUGGACGUCUGCCUCAAUGUUUUUGAGGACUUGCCGAAGGGCUUCCUCUGGGAAACCCUUCGGAGGCGCAUCCCGGAUUUUUACCGCGGUGCUAUAGAAUUCUUUGAGGUCCUUUGCCUCCGCGGCAUUGACGUCUGCCUUCCAAAGGCCAGUACUCUUGUACUCCCCUAUUGUUUGAAAUCCAUGGAGGAUGUCGUCCGGUAGCGACGUGUCCGGAUGGCCCGUCAAUGCGAUGAGUUUUCUCAUUGCGAUGACGUUCCUUGUUUUGGUUGUCUGUAGCACCCUUUUUAGGUGCUCUGGCGCCGUAGCGUUUAUCAAGUCUGCAUUUGCUUGCUCCGUCUGCGUCUUCAGACGUCUGAACAAGGCGGUGGCUUGUUUUCUUCGUUUGGCUACCGCUGCCGGCUGUAGCUUCUCGGCAGCUAUCAGUUGUUCCCACUCGAGUGGUAGCUUUUGGCCGUAGGUCUCGAAGUGUAGUUGUGCUCGGACCCGAUUGACGAAGUUGCAGACCGCGUCAUGGAGCUCGCGGCGGUCGUUGCCGUGCUCCAUUUCUGCUUGGCUGACGUGUAGUGGCGUGGCAGUCGUCAUUUUUUGUGACUAGGCUUGGUUGGCCCCUGGGAGGAUUUUUUGUCGACUGUCGUCCAGGAACCUUCCAGAGAGCGUAUCUUUUCUCUCACCUAAGUUAACUCACCAGUUAGUAUAAUCACUUCCCCCGCAAGCUCCUCCAGUGCAUAUACAAACUGGAGACUUAACCCCCGGGGAUCCUAAAUCUACUGGUGAGUUAUACUUUUUAGUGCUGUGGCAGCACGGUAGGCUGGCUCGGCAGACCCAGGUCUUUGCCGGCGCCGGUCGUUGCACCUACGGCCCAUAAAUUUGCCACGGAGCGUGGCGGGAGGCCUUUACCUCCCCAGAGAGAGUUGCACACCAACGUCCGGGUGUCGUAACCCCUCUCGCGGCUCGGCCGGUGUUCGUGCACCGUCGCCCUACGAGUCAAUCAACCGGCACCCGCGAGGUUUCGGGUGCUCGCUCUUCGCGUCGGACGCUUUGGUCCGGGGCGCUUUGGCCCGGGUGCGCGGCUAAUCCCUCGGCAGUAGCAGGCGUUGUCCCCCCGCUGGGGGACAAGGUCACUUUGAACCUCCAGCCCUUUGGGCCAUCCUUUCUCGACGCCUCCUUGGUGCGCCUUCCAUCCUUUUCCCGACGACUGGAGGUUCAGAACCGCCAGGUGCGUACGUUUUUUGUACCCGGUACUGCUUUGAGUGCCCCUGAGCCGCUGCUACUGGCGCUCUUUGGCGCUAGGGCCGUCACCUUUUUGGUAACGGUAUUCUGUUGAAUCCGCCCUUUCUUCUGUAGCUUCUGCUUGGGGGUGAUCUUGAUCGUCCGCUUGACCAAGGUGUCCUCUUGGACCGCCUUGGGCUGCACGAAGACGCGCGGGGGUGGACCCCCCCCCGAGGGCCACCGCCUGCGCAAUCCGUGCAGCGGGAUGAAUUCCGAAGCCUCCCACGUUUUGUGGUCGGCUGUGUACUCGUCCCACAUUUUGCUGGACUGUUCCCAGCCCAUGUGGGUGAGGAAUUCAUCCUCCUUCACGGAGAUUUUCCCUUGCUCCCACUCGCGUCGCGUUGCCAAUGCGAGUCCUCUCCUGCAGCUGUGCAGCGUGCCGCUAAUUCCCUUCGAAGUACUAAGUUGACGGCAAGGGGUCCUCCCUACAAAAAAACAAAGCUACGCACAGGUAAAGUAACUAAGGCUUUGCAAGUUGCUUCUUCAGGCAGUCUAAGCUUGUGACAGUGGUGGAAAAAAAAAAAAAGUUGGGGCUGUGUACCUUGCAGCAGUGUAAGACAGUGUUGCCCCCUAAGGUGUGGCGUAAGCUGUUCGGAGGGUGAGGUGAGUUGUUUCAGGUCGCCUGUAGUGUGGCGGUGGCAAAAAGGUCUGAUAAGUUAGGCUGUUGAGGCGCAGUAGGGCGGUUCCUUCGGUCAGAGCUUAGCCUGGCCUUGGCUGUACACUCGGUAGUAAGUAAGCUUGUGUCUUCGGUGGUGCCUCUGUCCUGUAGGUGGGCGUCUUGGCUCUCUCUUAGCUGGGUGGUGCCCUGAAAGGUAAAGUAGAGGCUUACGCUACAAAGCGUACGUCUUGCAAGUGGGCUCCUGACUAGCCUAAAAUGAGAGAAAAAACUCUGUCUAAAUGGCUGUGAAGUUUCUGCGCUGCUACUAGUGUACAAAAACCCCGUAGAAGAACUAGUAGCUGUUCGGUGAAAGCUGUUCGGAGCACGCCCCUCCGUGGUUGGGAGAGGUUGGUCUUCGCUUAACCCGAAGGUGGCGCUGUUGGUGGCUGUUGGAGUUUAAGCUUGAUGUUAAGGGUUCUGUGGGGGUUGCUCAGACUAAUGUCCUUGCUGAGGGGUUUAGCUAGUGACUUGGGUGUGUUUUUACUGAGAUUAGUCUGUGUUUCUCCCUGCUUGAGUUAUGGACCUGGCUAAGCGUAGGUAGCGCGACCUUGGGCGUAUCUGCUCUUUGUUGCUGCUCCUAUGGGUGUGGUGAUCACUACUGCUGAGUAUCAGGCAGUGCCUUGGUUAUAAUGGCCUUGGUUUUCUUCCUCUCGAAACUAUAGCGAAAAAGUUGGUUCACUACUGCUGAGUAUCAGGCAGUGCUAUUAGUCUUCGGGCUGUAGCUGUUGGCAAAAAAAAUGGAUAGGCACUACUGCUGAGUAUCAGGCAGUCCUGAGAAGCCCUAGGUCCUAGUAAGCAUCUGAUUCCCUUCGGGUGGACGGGGUGCGACCUUUGGUCUUGUUUGGUUCGCUUUGGUGUCACUGUUUCAGGGCCCAUAUGCAUGCCUGCUUGACUGUAGUGGUGGAUCGACUAUGUUUCUCCCUUCGCCAAGCUACUUAUCCUGGCCUUGCCUAAUGGGAAAUCAGAUCUCAUAACAGCGCCUUCGCCGUGCAUCGGGCAAAAGCGACUUCGUGCACCAGCUGUUUUUGCGUUGGUGUCGCAAUUGCAGUGGAUUUCUAUUAUCCUACCGCGUUGUUUGCGGAUUUUGUCUUCGGAUAUGUGGAUGCGCCACACGUCUCCUUUUUUGGAGAUGUCCGUGUCGUCCACCGCCGCGAUGCUGUCGCCCCGCAAUCCCGAUAGCGCCCAAAGGAGGACCAUUUUUUGGUCUUUUGCCUUUAGCGCCUCGAGCUUCGUACCCGGUAGGAAAGGCUUUGCUUUCCUCGGGUUGUGGUCUUGGAUUGUUCGUUCAAUUGCCUUUUCCACGUCCCCGAUGUUUCGGAGAAUGGCGGGGCUUUCGACUAGCCGCUGCGGGCCAUCCGCGGGUGGCGGUUCUACCAGCCACAUGAUGAUGCUGGAUGUGUACUGCGCGACUGAGGUGUAUUCAUUGAACACUAGGAAGGCGGCGAAUCUUUGCACCGCCUCCGGCCUCACGGGUAGCUUUUCACCCUUGGCCGCUAGCCAGUCGAGGAAGAAGGCGACUCGCGACUUUUUGUUUCUAGUCGUGGAGUCGGCUUCUCCCAUGGCGCGCAGCUCGUCGUCGUUUAGAUCGACAGCUUUGCGCAGUGCGUCCGCCCGCUUCGACAUUUAUUUAAUGUUACUUUUUUAUUUAUCUCUCGCUGUUGUUCCCUCUAACGUUCUUUUUAGUUUUUAUUUAGUUAGUUUGUUCUCUCGUCCUUACUUACUUUUUUGUCUAGGCUGGUUCGUGCGGCUGCUUAGGCGAACCUCCACCAUGGAUCUUGGCCUCCUGCCGUAUCUCAUGAAGUGGUCUCCCCAGCCUAGCUUCUUUACUUACUCGUAACUCCUUCCCACUCUGUUUUCCCUCUUUUUAGCUUGACGAGAUGUAACACGUCACUCCCUCGAACACUGCGCCGCCGCCGCCGCGUUUUCCCUUUCGGCCACCAGUCGUCACUGGUGGUUUGAUUUGUUUCCUCCCUCUCAACUAGAGUGUUUUUUACUCUGUCAAAAAGGACGAAUUUAUUGUUCCGCCACUAACUUAAUAAUGGUCCGGUGCCCCUGGUAAUUUGACCAGAGGGCUUAUGGCGAAUGCUUUUGCAUUCUGUUUUUCGAGGAUUUGUUGUCCUCGAGGCCGGUAGCCUUUUUCUUCCAGCUAGUCGCGUUCUAGCUUGUGCGUGGCUCCUUCCACCACACCGCGAGGGAGCGUUUGCUCCCAACGUGCUCCUUCACGUCUCUCCCCAGGAGGAUUUUUCCCUCCAUCACUCUCGAUUUAUCGGCGUCGAUCGCGUGAGCGGCUGUUUUUGCGCUCGUUCGAUCGCUUCGAUUUGUUGCGGCCACGAUUGUCUUUUUCGCGACUGUCGUUGCGAUGCCGUUGUCCCAGCGGAACCGCGUUUGCGUCGCUUCGCUGGGGUCCUUUCGGUUGGCGGCGUGUUCGGCCGUUUUUGGCCUUCAUCGCCUUCAUCGGCUGGACUUUCGGUUUUACGAAGUCUUUCGGGUGGCGGAUUGCUUCCUUGUCCUUCGCUGCCGCUCGUUUUGCCGCUGUGCCGGUUGGCUGCUGGUUGAUGUUUCGCCCUGCCAACCGGGCCGAGAAGAGGACUUCGGCCAGCUCUUUUUGCGAGCGGAUCACUUCUGCCCACGUUCUCUUGGCGAUAGUGAUGUCUGGGGGAGGACGGUUGCGGUCGAUGAGGUGGUGGUGUGUGCAUUCCAGGUGUUGAGCGUCGUUGCGACAGCCUGACUGCACCGCAUGCGCUUUGUGCGCGUGGAACCAGUGGCAUACCGCCGGCGGAAGCAUGAGUCCCAUAUUUUUCAGGGACUUCAAUGCGGACGGCUCCACUAAGCCGGUUUGAGGGAAGUACACGUAGUAUGUGGUGCGUGUUCCUCCCUUCGCGUUUCGGCGCUCGGCUAGCACCACGUCGACACGUUUGUCGAGGCGGCGGUUGUGGACUGGGUCCAUGGCCGGGUUGAAAUCUGUUUUUUCCAGAUCCAAACUCUCCAACCAAGUGUCGCUCGGCAUGGUUGUGCCCGUGUCGUCGUCCCCGCCGCUGUCGGCGUCGCUGCCGAACGGGUUUUGCGGGCCUUCGCUCGCCGAUCGCUCUCGCGAUUCGCUGCGGCGGCGGCUGUGGCUACGAGAGCGCAGUGUGACUGUCACACGUUCGCUUCUCGGCUUGCCUAAGCUCGCCUCGGCGUCUCGCAUGGAGAACAUUUCAUUUUUGAUUUCCUCCAUGUUCUCCUUGAAGAACGCUUUUUGGACGGGCGGUUUGAUUUUUCCCCCGUCUUCCUCGUCCGUGUAGCGCGCCUCGUCGAUGAGGUGGAGACCGAAGUGGUUGUACCAGGCCAGCAGGUUGAACAUGUAUCUGUUCACCAGCCCGGUCUCCCAGCGCUUCAUCUUCUGCUGGAGCGCGUCGAGGCUGCGGGAGCCUUCCUUCAUGAAUCCCAAGAACACCAUCAUUUUUUUGAUGGCGAUUUCUGGGAAGUUCUCGUUGAACUCGGUCAUGAAGUCGAAGGGCUGCAGGUCGGUGGCGCCGUUGAUGGCGCUUUCCACGCGGCGCAGCGUCUCCCAGCACUGGUCCAGGUUGCAUCUGUCCCAGUAGUCAGCCGGGACGCUGGCGACGACCUGUUUCCGGACCAGGUUCUGGAACGCGCUGUUUGUGCGCUGCAGGUUGUCUCCGUUAAAGCCUGCGAUGGCGCAGUUUGAGACCUUGGGUUGGUUUUUUCCCACCUGGGCUUCGCCCCAGAUGCCUGCGGCCGCGUAUGCUCCGAAGAGCAGCGCCAGCGCCUUUUGGUUGAGGCGUUGGCCUGCCGUCGUGUUCAGGACGCUGUUUUCGUCCACGUCGAAAACGGAGCGGAGGCCGUGCUUUUCCACGUGUUUUAAUAACGCGGUGAGCACGUGGUUCGCCUGCUUAGAGGCUUUUUCUCCGUUCGUGAAGAAGCAGUUUUUAUACUGCUCCUGUGCGUCUGCGACUUCCUCGCCCGGAGUUAAGACGGAAGGCCAGACGACUUUCACCUCUGUUUUCUUCUCGACGCCGUUUACGCGUCGGUAGACGAAGAAUUUUUCUCCUUCGCUAGCCGGGCGCGUGUCGUCAUAGGAGAGGAUUUUGUCCUCUCCGCUGCUGUUCAAAGCCGUUGCGAUGGCCUUUGCGGUCUUCUUCGCGAACGUUUUGAACAGAGCUGCCGUCUCCGGCGGCUCCUCGGAGGACUCUUCGCUUUUGUCGGCGAAGUCCACGGAGUCCUCCUCCUCUUUCUUUUUGGCUUCGAGCUCCGCCUUGCGCUGCUUCUCCUCUUCUUCGAGGAGCUUUCGGUCCUCCUCCUCGUGCGCCUUGCGGACCGACGUCCACGGCGUCUUGGCCGGCUUCGCGUCCCAGUCGUUGAGCACCUCUUUGUUGGUGCGCUCGAUCAGGUAGCGGACUAUCACCUCCUUUUUGGCGGUCUGCGCCGGGACUUCCGCCAGGUUCAGCUGCGGGUUUUCCUCCCGAAACUUUCGUUUUUCGGCGAGCUUCGCGCCGGCUUCAAAAGUCUCUUUUUUAAUCAGAGACUUCGAGGCCCAGGGUUCGGCCGUUAGUUCCUCGUGGUAUGCGCCCAACCACAAGUGGAACCACAUCAAGGUGGUGCCCUGUUCGGUUAGGGUUCCACCUUCCCCCACGAAGCGCGGGUCCUCCAGGUCUUUUUUGACCGUGUCGAUGAAUUCCGUUUCCGGAAGUUCACCGACCAUCUGUCGGAGUGCUGCAAUCCAGUCCUGGAUGUUUGCGCAGAAGAUGAGUUUAUCCUCAUACUGCGUCUUCUCCUCCAGCUGCUUUUGCAGCGCCUCCAUGGCCUCCGCCAUGGAGGGGUGAAACAGUGAUCCGUCGAUCAGUUUCAGAAGGGCUUUGCCCUUCUCGUCGACGUCCUCGCUCCCCACAGGAUUUUUGCCUGUGUGGAUGACGAGGUCUCCGACGCUUUUCAGGGAGGUCAUUUUGUUUUUUGUUUUGCUGAAAACCAGAGUGCGGGGGCACUACUAGUCACUAGUUUCUAGAUUGCGAUUAUACGCGCACAGAAAGUCCCUGGAUUUUUGGGAAAAAGAAAAGUUUUUUGACCUGCCCAAGCUAGCUUUCAGCUUGAGGUUACGAAAAUGUGCUGCCACAAGCGCCAAACCCUCGCGGCGAUUUUUGCCCCGCGAGGGGAUGGCGCGCCGCGCGCGCGGCGGAACUCGAUUUUUACGAGCUCCCCAGCACCCCCCACUGGGCGCCACGCGCCUGCCCACCGCACCGCCGGAGGGCGCGUUGGCCCUCCCGCGGCCUACGCACGAGCGCUUUGGCCCGUGCGCCGGCAGCCCGCUCCGCUCCGCUCCGCUCUGCUCCGCUCUGCAUGUGAACUCCGCCCCGUGGGUGUAGCAUUAACGCUCUCACCCGACCGCACCCGAGCCUCCGCGGAGGCGCGAACCGUGGUUCGCCUUCGCCGAGAUGCGCCAUUGCAUCGACCGGCGGCGUCGCGCGUGAGUGCAUUUUUUGCACCGCACACGACGGGGUUCGCGGGGCCCGUUGCCCCCAACCCUCUCCCUAGUUGGUCCCUCAGCCGACAUUUUUUGUCGACUGUCGUCCAGGAACCUUCCAGAGAGCGUAUCUUUUCUCUCACCUAAGUUAACUCACCAGUUAGUAUAAUCACUUCCCCCGCAAGCUCCUCCAGUGCAUAAAUAUGAUGAUUGAACAUGGUACAAUAUGAUGAUGAUUGAACAUGGUAAAAUAUGUAUAAAUAUAGAAGAACAACAUGAACAUGGUACAAUAUCAUGAUUGAACAACAUGGUACUAUAUAGUUGAUGUAUUGCUGCAUCAGCUUCUAGUACUCGUCACUAUGAAAGAGUAAGCUUCUUGUAGCAAAGCAAAGGAAGAGCUUAAGGAGGAAGAUAAGAGGGAUGGAUCUCUACCGCGAUAUAUGUGAGUAAGAGCGGUAGAGAUCCAUUCCUGCUAUCUCUAUGAUGAAAAAUACUAAGGUCUAAAAAGUAGCAUAAUUAGAGAAGUUAUUUGCAACCAAGAACCUUAAUAAUCCCACGCGGGGAGCACUCGUGAGCGACGAGUGAC